GGACUCACACAAGUCUACUACCUCACCAGGAGUAUGAGAUGACUAACUCAAGUCUACUUCGUCACCAGAACUAGGAGCUGACUUACACAAGUCUACUGAUUACUAUUGGUUAUGCUUGAGUGGCAACCACAGGAUUUCAAUACAAGUCCCUCGCUCGCUAUGCAAUCAACAUCACAAUUCAGCUUUGGUUAGCUGGGACUACUAUAGUACGACUAGAGACAGACCAGAGUGUGCAGUCCUGUAACAGAUUCCAAACUAACUAUGGUUUCUUAGAUUUGUUCCUUUCUUAACUCUUAUAGUGUCUUGCUCUUCACAAGGUCUUUGUAUGGUUGAAGGAUAAAUCAGUCACAAUGGUGUCACAGAGGCAAGAUUCUAAUGUUACAUGUACUUAAAGACUCGUAUCAUGUAAAGUAAAAGACCACCUCACAACUUGUUGGCAUACUACUACGACAGCGUACGACUAGACUACAGAAUAUGGAGCCAAGUUGUUGAUCUACUCUUCAUUAAAUGAUCACCAGUAACAUCUAACAGCCAUGGAGAAUGGUUUUACGUCAGCCGCUGCCCUGCACAGCACGAGGCAACAGUUCCAACAGAAGUACUUGACAUGUAGCCAGUGUCGACAGGUCUAUGACGAUCAGACUAGAGUUCCCAAGUAUCUACCAUGCCUACAUACUAUCUGCAUUCACUGCCUGGCGUCAUUCGUCAACGGGAAGCCAGAGUUCCCUUGCCCACUCUGCAAAGCUCCAACCGGAAUCCCUCUCAGUGGAAUGUCUGCCUUCCCGACCAACUUCAACGUCAAGAAGCUCCGAGAGUUCCUGGCGAUAGAUGAGAUCCCAGAGAGUCGUGUCGGGUCGGCGUUUAUCUGCGAAGGGUGUGAUAAACAUGAGAGGGCACUAGUCUGCUGCGCAAACUGUGUGCGGUAUUUGUGUCGAGAGUGCGUCAUUGCUCAUCAGUAUGCUAAUGGGUUCCAAGAUCAUCACGUCAAUGUUCUCGGUGAUCUGAAUGACGAGGAAGAAGCCCAGCUUCAGAGACGGAGACUCUUCUGUACGAUCCACAGUCGACAAGCCUUGACGCUCUUCUGUGAGAAAUGCAAAGUCGCUGUGUGUCAGGUCUGCUCAAAUCUGGCACAUAUUGACGACGGGCAUCGCUUGGUGGAUCUCGGGUCAGUGAUUGACGAUCAGAGACGUGAGCUCGGACAUCUGAUGGGGAAGUGCCUGAUGCAGCAGAAGCCUCUGGAGAUGCUUCUUGGCAAUAUCAUCACCGAGCAGGGGAAACUCAACGUCAACGCUAAGACAGUAGAGGAAGACAUCCAUGCUUACUUCUUGGAGCGACAUAAAGAUCUGGAGAAACGAGAGCAGGAGUUGAUCAAGACGGCUCGUGCUGUUCACUCCAAAAUGGCGCUGAGUAUCAAGAAUCAGAAAGAAGCCGCUGAGACAACCCUAGCAGCCAUCAUGGCUACCGGGGAGUUCACCGAAACAGCCAUCUUACAUCGGAAUCCAGUAGAGACGGCGAGAGCAUGGCAGAAACUCAAACCAACCCUCUCGAAGAUCAACGAUAGAGUCUUCUACUCCAAGCCUGUCGCUAACAGCCUGAUUGAGUUCCGUCAUCAACACAAUGCCUCACAGAUGCAUUUCCAGCUUAGCGUACGAGAUCUUGGCAAGAUCUACACCAAUGAUAUCGCUCCAUUCCAGACUGAUGUCAAAGUGUUCCCAGCUUUCGUUGACCAGGAAUGUAAGAUUGGACUGAACACAAUCAACCUUGAUGGAGAAAAGAGUACACAGGGCGGGGCACUCGUCCAGGCAACGCUAAAAUCGCCGGCGGGUGAUCCGAUGACAUGUGACCUUCAAGAUAACAUGGACGGGACUUACCACAUCUUGUUCUCACCUAGCAUUGCGGGUGACCAUGAAAUGCUGGUAUGCGUGUCGAAGGAACCGGUGCAUAACGACCCAAUGAAGAUCUCAGUUCUUGACUUCCAUACCGACAUUGAGCCCGGUAUAGUGGGUACCGAGUGCCUAAUCCGUCUCCAUGCUACCGACAGCACUGGUAACGCACAACCGCUUCCCGAGGAUAUGAACAUUGACAUCUGCCUGAAAGAUCCGAUGUCUUACGAGACGGAAACCGAAGAGACAUUUACGUCGGAAGGAUCUUACGUGAUCAAGUUCCUUCCAAGAAUGGUCGGAGAUCACUUUCUGAACAUCUCACUCGACGGGACGCCUCUUAGAGGUUCAUCACUCGUUGUCAGCGUUCAUAAGAUCAUCGAGUGUACCUCAAAGGAUGAGGAGAUACUCCUUGAAGACGUGUCUGGCAUCGCUGUUUGCUCCAAGGGGAACAUCUUCCUUGCAGACACCUUCAAGAAUCAGGAGGUCGUCAAGCUUGAUGGAGACGGGAUGUUCCUCGAGACCUUCAGCGUGUCUUAUAAGAAUUACGCACUUCUGACUAUCGACAUGGAGGACAAACUCACGAUGUUCUUCCUCAAUCGUAAAUGCGUCUCCACCUACGCCACAGACGGGAAGUUCAUCCGCCGCUUCCAAGCCAACGAUGUAAAGAAUGUGACGAGUGUCGCUGUGAACGCUCGUGGUGAUACGCUUCUCCUUGAUUGCUUGGAAUGCUGCGUCUUCAUGUAUGAUGAGAAGGGGUUCUUCAUCCAGCGGAUCGGGAACCAAGGUUGCGGGAGAGGAGAACUGAACUUCCCCAUCAGUAUGUGUGUGGAUAAGUUCAGUAACAUCUACGUCAGUGACAAAGGGAACCAGUGUGUCGUACGGGUGAAUCCAGAUGGGAAGUACUUAAAGCAGUUUGGGGACAGAGACAGUUUGCUUCAUCCAGGCUCCGUAGUCAUCACCUUAGAUGGUUACCUCCUGGUUCACGAUGAAAGACUUGCGCAAGUUGUUCACGUCUUCAGCCCGCGUACCAAUGAGAUCAUACGAUUGGUUGAAGUACAUGGAAUCGUUGGCUUUCAGGAGGCAAUGGCGAUUACUUCAGACGGUUGUUUUGUUAAAGUGGAUCACAAAGGGAACUGUCUGAGGAAAUAUAGCUACAAGUGAAGAGAUAAGUCUAUGCUUAGUUGCAGUGUACACUCACGCCCGUGUUUAUUUCAUAGGAAAGCGAAUGCAAAGUGAAUUUUGGUGAAGCAAUAAUUGGUACAUGUUGUUUUUCUAAUGGGGAAGUUUUAAGACGCUAGGUGGCAGCAGACUUAACAGGUAAAUCCAUUGUUUUCUGUAAUGUCCAUUGUUCUCGGUAACCAUGGACAUUUACCUGGUAAGUCUGCUGCCACCUAACCUUUCAAAGUCUCCCACUGUGAUGCAAGAAAUCAGUUCACUUUCUCUUUCGCUUUACUGUGAGGUAUGAACCAAGCUUAACAGUCGUCUGAAACCAAAAUGACAUGGCUGUACAGUAUGUAAAGUCAUGAUGUAAAUUUAUGUUUCAGUUCUGUGCAUGACGCCUUAAAAUGUUGAUGAAAAUGUCAAAUGAGACUUGUUAACAAAAGAAAGCUUUCAGAGUUUGGCAACAGUUUGUAACAUUUAAAUGAAGUUAGUUGUGUCAGGUUUAAGUUCCAGUGAAUGGUUUCCUUUGUACCGCAGAGUGAAUUUGCUAGGAAAGUAUACCAGUCGCUACUCAAGAAAAUAAUCAUUUGCUAUAAUUUGUACUCAAUAUCAAUAUUCAGUGUGCAUAAAAACAAGUUCAGUCAUAACGCAAAAUUGCAGACAAAAUCAUUCCUUGAGUCUCUUGAAGUGUAGAGAGAAUUAUUCUUCUUUAAAUUUGAAGUUAAUUUGAUUUAGAAACUGGUCACAAAAUACCAGUUGAAACAUUUUUGAGCAGAAGUGUAAAAAAAAGGGUGAAACAAAAAUUUGUAUAAACGAAAACAAAAACAAGAUAAAAACCACAAAAACAAACAAGAAAUACCCCCCCCCCCCCCCCGCAAUCUCUUUAAAGUCAGUAUCGAUAAGGUUUUGCAUCCACCCAUGUGCAUGUAGUUGAUUUUCACUUUUGGUCACUUUAUAUUUCAUUUUGUAAACUACAGCUCUUUCAUGCGUGAAUAUUAAUAAAAACUCAAACAGCUAAAAACCACAACAUGUACACAUGUGUAUUGGUACCAGCAGGUAAAAUAAAAUCUGCAUCACGAGUAGCUAGCUCAUCUUUCUGCAUGGGUUUGUAUCGUUAACGAUCUGUAUAGAUUCACAGAGACAUAUUUGAAGUUAAUACUGCGUGACGGUCUGAGAGAUUUGUACAAAACAAAAAAGGUCUGUUAAUGUUAAUAACUGUACUGGGGCCAAUUUCAUUGCGCUGCUUAACGGAAAAUUUUUGUGCUUAGUGUAGCAGAAAAAAUGUAUUUAGCAUAUAAGCAGAUUUCAUGGGUCAGCAAGAAGGGUGGCACGGUUGGCUUGUGCAUAAAACGCUCGCCUCUCAUCAAGGUGACCCUGGUUCGAUUCCCGGCCGGGGCCAUAUGUGAGUUGAGUUGUGCGUUGGUGCCACAAGGGUUUUCC